CCGAAGACGCGUACUGAUUGCGCAGGUCCAUAGAUCCGUAUCAUUGAUUUGAACAAUGUCAGGCGGACAAUCUCUUGGAGGAAAUCAGAACAGCGAGCCUCUACCUGCGGGAUGGGGCAGACCAUCAGCGCCUCGCGUGGGUCGGGUUGGAGACUGGAACACCAGCAACUCUCAGCCUGGCAGGAACUCCUCAUCCUCGUCCCGAGGUGGCUUUGGAAGUCUUUCGAACCUCCCCACAUCUGGUGGUGCUAGGAUGCCUGGAGGACCACAGGUUGGCGACGAUGACGACGACGACGAUGUCGAGAAUAAAGAGGGCGAAACCUGGUUUGCGGGUGGCGAGCGGAGUGGCAUUUCGGUGCAGAACCCUAACUCUGCCCGACCUGGUGGGCGUCUUGUCAGGGAAAUUUUGAAGCAGGCUGCAGAGGCAGGGAUGGCACCUCCACCUGAAGCCCGCAGAGCUGGACCUUUCAGUGGUGCUGGGCAUACCCUUGGAAGUGAUGAAGUGGAGAGCGCAUACGUGCCGGAUCCGAAUGCAGAAGAUAACGAAGAUGAGGUCGUUGUCCGGCACCUGCAUCUUUGGAGUGACGGGUUCAGCAUUGAAGAUGGACCGCUGAUGCGAUAUGAGGAGCCCGGCAAUCAAGAGCUUUUGAGAUCCAUUCAGCGAGGUGCUGCGCCCCUGUCCCUGAUGAAUGUAUUACCCUGGCAACGUGUCGACCUCAACGUGUCGACCCGGCUUAGUGAGGCGUACGUACCCCCUAAGAGAGGUAACUUUUCAGGAGAUGGACAGAGGCUUGGUGCACCAAUUCCUGUUGUCAACCCUGGUGCAGCAUCUUCUGGCAGUUCGAUGCCAGGAUCGUUUCCAACUGGCGCCGGUAGUAGUAGUGCUAGUCCCAGUGCUCCCGUCGAGAGGCAGAGUAUCAAUACGCGCUUUGAGGUCGACCAGACGCAGCCUACUACGAGCGUGCAAAUCCGUCUGGCAGAUGGCACGCGGAUGCCAUGCAGGAUGAACCUCACGCACACAGUUGGUGAUAUUCGCGCGUUUAUCAAUGCCUCUCGUCCUGAGAAUCUGUCGCGCCCGUAUACGAUUGGAACGACGUUCCCUAAUCGUACUCUGGAAGAUGACACCCAAACAAUCGAGGGUGCUGGAUUAGCCAACAAUGUCAUUGUUCAACGUUGGAUUUGAAGUGAAAACUAGGCAGAUGGGGAUGGGUCCAAUAGAUGUAUUCAGUAACCUUGUAAAAUACGCCAUCCACAGGGGGACCGGGGGUUGUACGACGCAUUGAAAGUGUUGAUGAGGAGGUUAUAACAUUGUCCCCGCAUGAUCAUUGAUCAUUAAAUGAAAAGCCUG